UCGGGGUCGGAGGCCGCUCGUGAGCUACAACAAUCCUCGCACGCCGUCUUCUGGCGAGAAUCCAAAUCCAAGCUCUCAAAAGCAGGAGCAGAGGGCUCCAUCGCCACCAGCAUCCCCAUCGCCAUGGCGGCAUCGGUUGCUUCCUCCACGAUCCAACGCGGCCAGGUUGAUCUCAUCGACUUCAUCGACUGGAGAGGGAUCGAGUGCCUGAACCAUAACUCAAGCCACGCGCUCGCCAACGCGCUGAAGCAGGGUUACAGAGAUGAUGAUGGAUUGCACCUGGAGAGCGACGCCGAUGAGCAGUUGCUGAUCUAUAUUCCCUUUACUCAGGUUGUUAAGUUGCAUUCGAUCGUUAUCAAAGGGCCAGAAGAGGAAGGUCCGAAGACUGUGAAGCUCUUUGCAAACAAGGAGAAUAUGGGGUUUAGUAAUGUUAAUGACUACCCACCAAGUGAUUCAAUUGUUUUAUCCCCAGAAACUCUCGAGGUAAUCCCUGUNACUUUAAAGUAUGUCAAGUUUCAAAAUGUUCGCAGCUUGACAAUUUUUAUUGAGGAUAAUCAAGGUGGUGAUGAAAUCACAAAGGUCCAGAAGAUUCUCCUCUAUGGAACAACUGUGGACACAACGAACAUGAAAGAUUUGAAGAAGGUGGAAGAGCACUGAGGCAUUGCCAAGACAAAUGUUUGACAGUAUUUGCUUACGAAUUGGGGAAGGAUCGAUCCACCUACAUAAGUUUAUUUUUUAAUCGAAGGAGUUAACCUGUUCUUUUGUUAAUGCUGGAAAGUUGAAACUUUCCAUUUUGGGGCGUGCAUUACUUGUACUGAUUCCGUCUUCAAGGAUUGAUCUUACAAUUGGUUCGAGCGCUUUGAAUGGCCAGGAUGAACUUUGGAAUUGAUCGCUUCUUCUUCCCUUUUGCCUUCAAUCUGAUGAGAUGUUGCAAUUUCUUUUUUAUUCUGUUUUUUAAAAUUUUCGACAAUAUCAAACUUUUUUAUGUGUGUGCUUUGAUCGUGAUGAACUCUUUGCUCGUUGGAUUACUGGUGCAAUUUAUGUUUGAUGAUAGUUUGGCUA